CAGGGGCGGACUGACCAUUUGGAAACUCGGGCACUGCCCGAGGGCCCGGGGUCAGUAGGGGGCCCCAUGAGAUGCUCAUGGUACCUUUUUCAUAGGCUUUUUUUAGUUUUGGCAAGGACACAGGGCCCCCAUGAUCCCCUAUUGCCCAGGGGCCCCAUGAGUUGUCAGUCUGCCCCUGGGAGGAGGGAAGGGUGAUUAUCUGCAUAUAUUCUCUGACAAAAAAUCCAUGUGUCUGUAUAUAUAC